ACGUUUACCUCUUGACUCUACUAAACUAGUUGAAAGGUUUCGUGGUGGGUUUACAGAAGAAACAAUGGAGUUCGAGAAGAGAAAGGCGGCGACGUUAGCCUCACUGUGUUCAACGGAAUCGGACAAAUCACCGAAGGGAACGUUAGACGCGCCAAUCAUCCCUCUCCUCAACACUCUGAACCAAAACCCUGAUUACUUCACCACCAGUUCAUGCUCUGGCCGAAUCUCCAUUCUCUCUCAACCACUCUCUACCUCUCCCAAUCCCAAGAAGAAAGCCAGAGGCGGUUCUUGGCUUUUCGUUUCCCACAACCCCGCCGAUCCCGACUCAGUUCUCUCCCUUCUCUUCCCCUUCGAGUCAACUCACUCCUCCCUCGUUUCCGAACUCGUCUUCAGAUUCGAACCCCUCAUCAUCGCUCUCGAGUGCAGAGACCUCUCUUCCGCUCUCUCACUCCUCUCCCUCGCCAUCUCCUGUGGCUUUAGAGAAUCUGGCAUCACCAAUGCUAAUAAGCGCGUCAUCAUCGCCAUUCGCUGUUCCAUACGUUUGGAGGUGCCGUUGGGAGAUACGCGCGAGCUUAUGGUCACUCCCGAGUAUGUUCGUUACCUUGUUCAGGUUGCAAACGAUAAAAUGGAAGCCAAUAGGAAAAGAACUGAGAGGUUUCUCGAAGUGUUGCACUCCAUGCUUCCCGAUAACUGUAACCAUUUGUCGUCAACUCAUGAAGUGGGGCCUGUUUGUGAACUCGACGAUGAAACUCAGUUAGGAAGCUCCAAUGCUGGAACCUUUUCAGGGUUUAUGGGUUCUCCUGGUUGUAGUAUGUUGAUUGCCCAUUUCAAAAUUGUUGGUGAACCGGUGGAGAAACUUUUCCUUUGGGGUCACUCAGCUUGUGUGUUGGAUAAGGCUGACCCCAAGAGAGUUGUGGUAUUUGGUGGCUUUGGAGGCAUGGGGAGACAUGCUAGAAGAAAUGAUUUGUUGCUGCUUGAUCCAUAUUCUGGCAAUCUUGAGAUAAUUAGUGCUUUUGGGUGCGCUUCUCCAUCUCCACGUUUAGGCCAUACAGCUUCCAAAGUUGGAGAUUCCAUGUUUGUGAUUGGAGGUCGGACUGGUCCUGAUAAAAUUCUGAGUGAUGUAUGGAUCCUCGAUACAACUAAGAAUUGUUGGAAGUUACUGGAAUGCGGUGGCAGUGUCUUUCCUCCAAGGCAUCGUCAUGCUGCAGCUGUCAUGGGUUCAAACAUUUAUGUAUUUGGGGGACUUGAUAAUGAUAUUAUCUUUUCCUCCUUUUAUAUUUUUGACACAAUUAAUUUCCACUGGAAAGAAAUACCAGUUUCUGGGGACUGGCCUUGUGCACGCCACUCACAUGCGAUGGUGGCAUCUGAUUCACAGAUUUUCAUGUUUGGUGGAUACAAUGGUGGGAAAGCACUUGGGGAUUUGUAUAGCUUUGAUCUUCAAAAGGGUAAAUGGACAAAGGAAAAGACAGCUGGAAGGAACCCACAUGCUAGGUUCUCCCACUCAAUUUUUGUCUAUAAGAAUUAUCUUGGAGUUCUUGGUGGUUGUCCAGUUAGACAACAUUGUCAAGAGUUGGCUUUACUUGAUUUGAAGCAUCGACUAUGGAAGCAUGUAACCCUCAAUUCUGUGGGUAAAGAUUUGUUUGUGCGUAGUACAGCCAAUGUUGUUGGUGAUGAUCUUGUUAUGGUUGGUGGUGGUGCAUCAUGCUAUGCAUUUGGAACCAAGUUCAGUGAGCCAGCAAAGGUCUGCUUGCUCCAUUUAAUGCAUUCACAUGAUGAUCUUAUGCCUGUCAAAAACCAAGGCAUGCAUAUGAUUUACCAAAAUGAAGGGACAAACGGGAAUAAACUUGAAAAUUCUCUAGGACCACAACUUGAACAUGCACCUAAUAUAUCUAAAUAUGAAAAUUUAUAUUUUAAUGAUAACUCACCUUGCUUGAAUGAUCAAAGUCAAAUGAUUACAUCACAUUGUGUUCUUCAGCUUGAAAAGAAUUAUGCAAAAUUGGGGAAGGAUAUAUUGAAGAAAUUUGGAUGGUUAGACUUAGGGAGGAAAGCAUACUCUGAAGAGGGUGGAGCGCAUAUCUGUUUUCCUGUCCGUCAAGAAUUUUUUGCUGUAUUUCAUGAAAGGAACCAUCAUUCAGGAGAUGCAUUUGAUGGAAAAAAUGAAGUUUCCUCUUUGAAACCAAUUAAACAACAUGGAUACUUGUUAAAUGAGUUAUCCUGUUCUGAAGCACUGACUCUUCUCCAUGAAUACGGUGCCAUUGUGCUGGCAGAUGAGGUGGUUGAAGUAAAAAAAGGUGUAAAAUCUCCUUUGAAAGUUAUGACUGAAGCUGUGACAUCUUUGAUUGAGCAUAAAGGCCUACCAACAUGGCUUCUAGAGGAACUGCCAACAAGAUGGGAUCGGCUUGGAGAUAUUGUUAUACUUCCAACUACUUCUUUUAAAGAUUCCAUGUGGGACUCCAUUGCAAAAGAGCUUUGGCCCAUUGUUGCCAAAUCACUCAAGGCUCAUCGUCUUGCUCGCCAGGGCCCAGUUGCUGCAACUGGUACAAGAGAUAGCACAUUGCAGAUUCUUCUUGGUGAUAAUGGCUGGGUCAAUCAUCGAGAAAAUGGAAUAUUCUAUUCUUUUGAUGCUACAAAAUGCAUGUUCUCAUGGGGUAAUCUUUCUGAGAAGCUCCGGAUGGCCAGGCUAGAUUGUAAAGAUGAGGUUAUAGUAGACCUGUUUGCAGGCAUUGGCUACUUUGUGCUUCCUUUUCUUGUCAGGGCCCAAGCAAAAUUUGUAUAUGCAUGUGAAUGGAAUCCCCAUGCUAUAGAAGCACUCCGACAUAAUCUACAAGCAAAUUCUGUGGCUGAUCAUUGUAUCAUACUUGAAGGAGAUAAUCGAAUUACAGCUCCCAAGAGUGUGGCUGAUAGAGUCUGUCUUGGUCUCCUUCCAUCUAGUGAGUGUAGCUGGGUCACAGCUGUGAGGGCUUUAAGGAGAGAGGGUGGAAUAUUACAUGUCCACGGGAAUACUAAGGACUCAGAGGAAUGUCAGUGGACUGAUCAUGUACUGAAGUCAAUAUAUGAAAUUGCUAGAUCUGAAGGUUAUUGUUGGGAGGUUUCUGUAGAACACGUUGAGAGGGUAAAAUGGUAUGGUCCACACAUUCGUCACGUUGUUGCAGAUGUAAGAUGCAGACAGAUCCAAAGAUAGUGAAUGGACUAGUAUUUGAGGUUAAAGUGGCUUCUGCAUUCAAUCAAUGUGACUGUCAUUAAGGAUAUUUAUGUGCUAAGUUCUCACCGAUCUACCUUUGUGGCCUGUGCCAGUGGCAAAUGUAAAAGCUGACUCAGAAAAUCCUAUUCAACCUUUGGUCGGGCUGGCAAAUAUCUUAGAUAGGAGAGGUGGUGGAGUUGAUAGUUAUGAAAUUUUGUAAUGAAACAACUGUUUGAUGUAUAAUGAUUUGGAACUGAUAGUCUUGUCCUUCCAAAUUUUUUUUUUUUUGUCAAGCCAAAAGAAAAACAGUGUAAAGGGAGUACAAGGGAGGGCUUGAAUUUUUUUGGACACGAAAUUAAUCUGGUUUGUGUGCUUGUUUGGGCAACAAUGAAGCCCAAGUCGAUAGAGGAUUUGGUUUUUUCACAGAGCUCGAUUUUUGUGUUUGUGUAGUGUAUUAAAUUAUCGGAGGGACUACAAUGAUUGUUUAAUCCAUUGGCUUGGUUUGUAACU